AUGGCAACUCUUCAUCAGUUACAAAAAGAAACUUACAGUUUUGAAAUUGCUCUUGUUUUAACUAUCGAUACAAGGUAUUGUGGUGAAGAUCUUGAUCUCCAAAUAUGGGCAAAUAUAAUAAAUAAUGAAGUGAUUCGAAUUGCAGGCGUUGAUAAUGAAAGUCAAGUAUUAGAUGAGUUAGCAGAAUAUAUUGGAAAAUCGGGUGGUUUUGCAAGAAAAAUGCUUACUCAAAAAGCAGAUAAGCUUGUCUAUAUUUAUUGGAAUACACGAAUUCUCCGUCGGUUAGGAAGAUCUGUAUUAAUUAACAAUUCACAAGAAAUAUCUGUUAAUUCAGAUAAUCAAGAACUUGAUAUUAAUGAAAAUGAAGAGCUUAAUAAAGACUUUACCGAUUUUUCUAAUUGGCUUCUUAAUACAUUCGACAAUUGUGAGUAUGAAUUCGAUAAUUAUUCUGAGUGA